GCCACAAACAUCAGCCACAAACAAUGCCUCGGAAACAACACCUCGGAAACUUCCUCCCAUCUAGUGCGCGGCCACAGCUCCCCUACCGAACGUCGCAGCACCUAUCCUCACCAUCAGCAACGCUUCCUCACCUCCGGUUGUGUUGUUGGCGUGUUGCACCGCAUUCGGCCUGCCCGCCACAAUUGUCGUACACAUUCGGGCCCCUCUUCUGCUUUGCUUCGCCUUGUUCUUGCCCCUGCUUGUCACACUGUCGCCCGGCCAUUGUUUUGCUGCACGCCGUUGCAUUACGCUAGUGCUCGUCUACACAGCUCAUCCGUGGACGCCGGUCGACUGCCUGCAGGUGCGCAUCGGCUAUGCUAUCCGCGCGGUGUGGCGUCGCAUUGAGUCUGUGUGGUGCUAUCGCCUUGGCCGGGCGCCCGGAGCGUGAGGAAUGCGCGUCAGCAAAACAUCGACACAUCCUGCCAGCUACCGUCGGUACAGUAACAGCGCGCGAACGACGCACCAAUGCCUUGUCCCUUCUUGCUACGCAUUUAUGUGGGCACGGGCUGGUGGAUCCAUGCACAAGAGCCACCCCUGCAGCUGCUGCGACUGCCGGCGACGGUCCUGCUGCCACAAGCAGCCGCCAGCAACCACCUCGGGCACCACCACCCCGCCAACCACCCGCCACACCACACAGAGUCACGGCGCCUGCUGCGGGGAAUCGGUGCCAGCUGCAGCAGCAGCGAAGACAAACCGUCAGACAAGGUGGUCACCGCGGCGUGGGCCUUGCUGGUUGCAGCCUCCGGCAUCAUGAUCCUGGACCACAUCAACAGGCACCUCCGUGCCCGUUACGGACUCAACCUUUUGAAUUGCUGGUGGAGCUUGUGCUGCUGCCGGCGUUCUUCGCCGCAAGUCGCACCAGGCCCCGGCGGCGGCGGCAGCGGCGGCGCUGCCACUCAUCCUCCACUACUGCAGUCGUCCUUCACCAGUCGCUUCAACGCCCUGGCAGCCCGGAUAAAUGCCGCUGCUGCCGCUGCUGCCACCACCGCUGCGUCCGCCUCCGCCACCCCCGCAACUCCUACGGCUGCUGCUGGCCCCGGCGGCGGCCCUGCUGGCCCCGACCCUGGCCCCACUACUACUGGUGCUGGCGGCGGUGCGCAGCAUGCUGGCGGCGUUAUGCUAGUAACGGCAUCUGUCACGGUGGCAGCAGCAGGGACUACCGGCAGCAAUGCGCAGCAGCAAGCUGCAAGCAGCGAUUGCGCCGUGCCGCCCCUCCUACUGCUGCCGCCGCCGCCGCCGUCGCCCCCGGCUGCAGCAGGAAUAAGCGCCUGGGCCCCACAUGAUGUCAUCAGUGAUGACACUGGUAGACACCAGAAUCAUCAUGAUCAGCAGCAGCAGCAGCAGCAGCAGCAUCCUCUGCUGCUACAGCCACCGCCGCCACCUCCGCCCGGCGGGCCCCUGCAGCUGCCUCCGCUCUCGAUCUCGGCUGCUACUGAUGAUGUUGACACCGCGGCGGCCGCCGCUGCGCCCGUAGUGCGGCCGAUGCCUCCGGCCGUGGCCGCCGGCCACCUCUGAAGACGACAAAAGCAAAGACAGGCCAAACUCGGGGUAUAGUUUCUUGCUUGCUAUCUUGCUGGAGCGGCAUUUGCGUAGAUACGUCGUUUUCUUGGUCCUGGCCGGGUGUUCGGGCCGAGGUCAUUGGCUCCGGCUCCUUCAGUUGAUGUAUACUAUAUGACCAGUGUGGUUUUCGCUGGCGCAUGUACAGGAAAAAAUGUAUUUAUGUGCAGAAAAGGAGGUAGGGGAUGCGUUGGGGAUGUAUGGAAAUUGCGGAGUGUUGGCAUACAUGUCGCUUCGGGCUGUUUGGUCAGGGCUUGGUGCAUGACCACAUCGCCUGCCCGACAUCAUGCUACUCAGAGAGAGGCAGGUGUGACAGGGAGUCCUUCGUAUGGCACUGGUCUCGUCGGCGGCGUGUGGCGGGACCGCGGGAAGGAGACGGGGGGAGCCGUCAGGAUGGGUACGUGCCCGUUGGUAUGGGGCCAAGUAGGCAAGGGUCACGAGCGUUCCCAUGC